UGGCCCUUUAAGAGUGCAGGGCGCGGGCUGGAUGUGGACGUAUAAGCACCCAGCCUGUGCCUGAGUGGGAUAGGUUGUCUGGCAGGGAAGGAGGGCGGGGAAGAGCCGCCUUCGCAUCUGCAAACUCUGGACUGGGAAAGAGAGAAGGGGGUAGAAGAACUGGGGGGGAGGAAGAGGAAGCCGAAGCGGAGGGAGCUGUGGCUGGUCUCUCCUAGCAGCACAAUCUCUGCUCUUCUUUGCAAGCACUGCUUUUUAAGUUUUCGUUCUCUAGCGGGAGCUUAGGCUGCACCAGCCCCCGCAGGGCAGGGGUUAUUUAAUUGCUCCCAACCCAAUACACACACACACACACACCGCGCUUUUUGCUUUUGGGGUUCGGGUUGCAUGCAGACGACCAGCGCUAUGCCCCGGAAGAGUAUCUCGGAGGUGAAGGUUCUGGAUGUGCAGAAGAGGCGAAUUCCCAACAAACACUAUGAAUCAUAGGACCAGUUAACACACUCAUCAUGAUAUCUGGUAAUCCACAUGUGUGACGACACAAGGGGCAUUGUCUACAAGUGGAGUCCCUCCCCUUCAUGUGCCAUGUAGCAUGUGAUGUGAGGUUUAUAUUAUCAAAGUCACCUGGUCUAAUUCCUCUACAGAGGUUAUCUAUCGAAGAUACAGCAAGUUCUUUGACCUCCAGAUGCAAAUGUUGGACAAAUUUCCAAUGGAAGGAGGACAGAAGGACCCCAAACAAAGAAUCAUCCCUUUUCUACCAGGCAAAAUCCUCUUCCGCCGAAGCCACAUCCGUGAUGUUGCUAUUAAGCGUCUUAUACCCAUUGAUGAAUAUUGUAAGGCUCUGAUCCAGCUGCCACCAUACAUUUCUCAAUGUGAUGACGUUCUUCAGUUCUUUGAGACAAGACCAGAAGACUUAAAUCCCCCCAAAGAGGAACCAAUUGGAAAGAAGAGAUCUGGAUUUAUCCAGAGAACUGCUUCUUUCCUUCUGAGAGGUGGAGAGUUGGCAUUGGCAGAUCCCAUGGUCCUGGAGCAGUAUGUGGUGGUGGCAGAUUACCAGAAGCAAGAGAGCUCUGAGAUCAGCUUGUAUGCAGGCCAAGUGGUGGACAUAAUUGAGAAGAAUGAAUCUGGCUGGUGGUUUGUGAGCACAUCAGAUGAACAAGGCUGGGUCCCAGCUACAUGCCUAGAGGUUCAGGAUGGAGUCCAAGAUGAAUUUUCAAUGCAGCCUGAGGAAGUCCCAUGGAGAUACUGGUCUCUUCCCAGACAUGUGGGCCGCCGUCGGACUCUUGGGGACUUGUACACCAGUGGAUGGGGUCAAGAGGAGAAGUAUAUGGUAAUUUACCCCUAUGCUGCUCGGGACCAAGAUGAAAUUAAUUUGGACAAAGGAGCUGUGGUGGAGGUGAUGCAGAAAAACCUGGAGGGAUGGUGGAAGAUCAGGUAUCAGGGUCAAGAGGGCUGGGCACCAGCAUCGUAUCUGAAAAAGGGAAGUGGGGACUUGUUUUCAUCAAAACUGGGAUCUGCAGCUUCUGCCCACUCAUAUACACUGGAUCUGGAUGGAACAUCCCGGCAGCAGAACACAGGAAGUCGAGACAAGGAUGGUCCCAACAACCAAAGGGAUGGAAGAUUUGAUGGUCGUCCAUUGCCAAAUGUGGACCUGAGGCGGAGGUCACCAAAGAUGAGGCAGAGACCCCCUCCUCGUCGAGAUCUUACCAUACCACGUGGCCUCAACCUGCCCAAGCCUCCUGUGCCUCCCCAAGUGGAAGAGGAAUAUUACACCAUUGCUGAUUUCCAGACUAUUAUCCCUGAUGGUAUCAGCUUUCAGGCGGGGCUGAAAGUAGAGGUGAUUGAGAAGAACUUGAGUGGUUGGUGGUACAUCCAGAUUGAGGAGAAGGAGGGCUGGGCACCAGCCACCUUUAUUGAUAAAUACAAGAAAACUAGUAAUGCAUCCAGACCCAACUUCUUGGCACCACUACCAAAUGAGAUGGCACAGCUUCGACUUGGUGAUGGUGCAGCAGAAAGCAGCUCUAAUGGAGAAGCCUCUGGGCCAUCCAGGCCUCUACCUGAAGCCCCACCUAAUGGUAUGGACUGUGGGGUGAAAUGGAAAGGAAAAGAGGCCUCCAAGGCUGCUGCUCCUGAGAGCAGUGAUGCAUCUCUGUGUGUUGGAUAUGAGGAAAUAGUUGAUCGGGAUACAGAGGAAAAACCUAGCCUCCCACCUAGGAAGGAAUCCAUCAUUAAAUCGGAAGAGGAGUUAAUGGAAAGGCAACGAAUGGAACAGAGACCACCUCCUAAACCUCCUGGCAUGGUUUUGCCAAUAAUUCCCCCAAAGCAGAGUGUCCCUCCAAGGGACAACAAGAAACCAGAGUUCAAGACAGAGAAGGGAAAAUUGUUCCAGUUGAAAAAUGAGAUGGGAUUAGAGUGUGGGCACAAGGUGUCACCCAAAGAAGUAAAGAAGCCAAAUCUCCGGCCUAUAAUUAAGCCAACUAAGCCAAAGGUUGAGCCCCUGGAGGAUAAGCCAGUUGAGCCAACCGCCCCAAACCCCUUCUUGAAAUCAAAACCUCAGAUCCGACCCAAGCCAGCAGCAGCUCCGAGGACAGAGCCCCCUCUGGCAGAUGAUAAGCUAGACAUUUGUAAUCUGAGGAGCAAGCUCAAGCCAGCAAAGGCUCAAGAGAAGCCUUCUGAACAGGACUCUGGGGGGAGUGAGACUGCCUUCAGUAACAAUGUGCUUCCAGCAGAAUCUUCUGUCAGAUCUCAGGAAAGACCAAAUGCAGAGAUUAGGCCUCCAUCCAGACCAGACAGCCAAGUAUUUAAGGAGGCAAAUUCUCCCAAAGCUCCUUUUGGCUCCUCAAAGUCAAGUGAGCCUGAGCCCAAGAGUAGUUUUCCAGUUCCCAGGGAGCCACCUCAGCGGCCCAUAGUACCACCCAGGAGGCCACCGCCUCCCAAGAAAGCAUCCACACCAUCACCUGCAUCUUCAUUUGUCCCCUCUGCUGAACCUAAAGUUCCACAGAGGGAAGUGCCUGAUGUCCGAACCACACCAGUGCCUGGUAGGCCAAUGUUAGUUCCACCAAAAGCCAAAGGUUUCCUGCCAGCUCCAUGCCAUGAUGAUGCCAAAGUGAAAAGUGGCUUAGGUCCAAAGGCAGUACCCAAGCCUAUGGAAAGGGAGAGAGGGUCUGCCCCUAUCACUAGUUCAGAUGUCUCCAAAGAAGCCCUCUAUGUAGCAGUGGCAGAUUUUGAUGGAGAUGAAGAAACCAGCAGCUUCAAAGAAGGGACCUUGUUUGAAGUUCGUGAAAAGAACAGCAGUGGCUGGUGGUUUUGCAAGGUCCUCACUGGAGGGCCAUGUUGGGAAGGCUGGAUUCCUUCCAAUUAUCUCAGAAAAAAGCCAUAGUUCCUCCUUUGUCUUCAUUUUAUGCAGCUCAACGUUUUCCAUUUUAUCACCAACAUAUUUAAUUAGCUUAUUUAUAGUUUUUCAUAAGGCUGGCUUUAUUUUUAUUUUUUUAAGUAUCUGGGAUACCAUACAUUCCACUGUUUGUCUUUUCCAAGGAAGAACAGCCAGAGAAACAGGCUUUCAUGUUGUACAGCUCAGCUACUGUUCCUUCUCUUGGCAACUUAUUUUCUGUGCACCUUUUGAUAGGUAAGUGUCUGUUGUCUUCCCAAGCCUCUAUGUCAGGCCUGCUCAACUUAGCCCCCCCCCCCGCUUUUUUUGGACUACACCUCCCAUAAUCCCCAGCCAUAGUGGCCAGUAACCAGGGAUUAUGGGAGUUGUAGGCCAACAUCUGCAGGAGGGCCAAAGUUGAGCAGCCCUGCUUUAUGUGGUUUAGGUCAUCGUGGCUGAUGAGAAAUGCGCUCUCGCUCUCUCUCCCUCUCUCUGAAUCUCUACAAGUUUUUGAGUGAAUAGUGUCAAAACAGAGAUGCAGAGAGAGGGAAUUUAUAAAUAGUUGUUGCCUGUGACCCUGUCUUCAGGCAAUCUGGGAGAAAAUAUGUUUCCAGCUUAUUAAAGAAGUGAAGCCAGUACAAUUAACUAAAGAAGGAUCGUGAGAAUGGGGAAGGUCAAUGUUUCUGAAUGAUUAUCCUUGUUAAAUUUCAUGUGCCAUAUUAUGCAGUUAACUAUAAUUGGGAGCUAGGGGGCACUAUGGAAAAGAGAAUAAAUAGGAAGCAACUUAAUCCCACAGUGUACACCUAGGUGCAAAGGCAUAUCCAAGAAGAUGAGGUCUGUUUUCUAGUCUUAGUCUGUGCUUCUUGUCCCUUAUUUGAAAAUCUCUCUGCCUUUGCAAUUGUUCCUUGUGUGACAGCUGGUGUAACGUAAACUCUUCAAAGUAAUGCACAUACAUGUGCUAAAUGUGUUCCGUGUGCUGGGCUUGUACAGUAUUUCUCAGUAUUAUAGCCAGCAAAUAGAGGGGAUGCUGCAUUAGGUUAGCCAUGCUGCUCAGCCAAAAGGAUUUAAGUAACUCCAGAUAUGAUGGCCAGAGGAUUGCUGGCAGGCAGAGACUCUUCUUUAAGGAUAAAUAGCACCGCUGCAUUUGUAACAACUCCUACAAGUAGGUUUCUUGCAGUGUUCUGCCAAGAUUCCCCAGCUCUUGUAGGUGGCAGCUGCCAGAAAGGUUGCCCUCCAAUGGGUGCUAAUAAUUUCUAAUUUAGGGCUUCUUGACCUGGUAGUAGCAACUAGAUUUCACAGGAAGGAUUUUGCUAUACCUGUUUUACCAAUUCCUGAUCCAUUGCUUAUGUGAACUUUUUUCUUUUUUAAGCUUAUUUUUCACCUUGGUGUUGGGUGUAUGUGGAGGCAGGGGGAGAAGUGGAGUUGUGUGUGUGUUUUCAGCACUUGUCCCUUUAAAAUACAAGGGUUGGGUCUGGCCUUGUCCUUUUCUGAUCAUUAUUUGUAUAUAUUUAAAGAAACAGGCAUGAGCACGCACACACACACACACACACACACACACAAAAUGUAUGUACACGUUUUCUUUCUCUGGCAUAUGAUAGUGCCAGUGGAACAUGUUUCAGUGAUGCAGCAGUGAUAUUUAAAGAAAUAUCAAGCUAGAUGGAUUUGCCAUGGUUCUAGAAGAUAACUGAAACCAUCGUCUGCUGAAAAGUCCACUUUUACAGUUUGUGUUGGUCCUAGAACAUUGGGUUGACCCAGAAAGGUUCUAAAACAAAGACCCUGGCUUCAAAAGACAAAGACCCUCCCCCGGUGCUACAAAUUUGUGUAUUAUUGAGCAUGAAUUUCCUUAGCUCAGGUCCCCAUGGGCUGAAUCUAACAUUUGCUUAAGGUACAUCUACAUACUACCUGACAUCUUCCUUCAUAGGAAUGGGUUGCUCUUUUUAUAUGUAUAAAAUGUUUUAAGGAGUCCAGCUCUUAAUUUUCUCUUCCAAAAUCAGUACUUGAAGUUUGUAUGGCUGGAUAUUUUCCUAAAGUCAAUCUGCUUUGACUACUGUUUACCUAGGUACUGGAUUUUUGGUCAGGGUUGUUUCUUCUGUUCAUACCUCAUAUGUAUCCUUGGUUGUCUUAUUGUCAAUAGACAAGAAUCCAUCUUUGAGAUCUACAUAAUCCAUGAGAGCCGAGUGUGACUCUUCACUUGAUCAGGGACAUAGCAAGGUUGGAAUGGGCCCUGGAACAAGUGAAGAUCCCCCCCCCUUAAUAUGUCUUUAAUAAGUAACCUCCAAGAAUGGGGUCAGUGUUGGUAGCAAGAAAGUACAAGUGAAUCUGACCUGAAUGAGGGAAAAGAGCCUCUAUCCCAUGGAUUCCUCCCCUGUUCUGCAGCCUCAUGGCCAGGAUUUCCUCCUCCUACCACUCCUUCCCUUGUGAGUGGCUGUUAGAGAAGCUCAAGCUCAGCCCUUCAGUGUGACAGGCAGAACAUGCGGGCUGAUGCUCAGGCUGAGGGAGAGGCAGGCUGAGCCGGAGCAGCCAGCCAGCUGCCCCAAGGAAUGGAGGAGGCAGAGCUGCUGCCUGACUCUCCUCCCCCCAGCCCCCCGCCCUCCUGGAGAGGAAGCCAAGACUCAUCUGGGCCCAGGCACUGGGCAUGCCAGUGAAUCAGGGGUGGGAAGAGUGAGCUGACACCUAGCCAAACACCACCUCCCUUAGUGGCCCUAGGACAAACAUCCCACUUUGCUCUAUUGUAACCACGCCCCUGCACUUGAUACCCACCUCUCCUUGCCCCAAUUCUCACGUAUCUGUCCAGUAAUUUCUUUUGCAAUAUCAACAGCCUGCUCUCCAGCAACUUCCAUUCAGCUGUUUUGUCACUAGCAACCUCUUUGAUCUCUUGUGUGAUAGCACUACUGCAACAUGCUUUCAAAAUAGACGGCUCCUUUGGUGUUAAAGGGGAAAUGAACGGGCUCACCCCACUGUCAUCCUUUCCCCCUGCACAGCUAACUGCUUCUCAGUCCCAAGGAUCCUUCUUUUCCAGAACUGUCACAUAUACGAAGACAUUCCUACAGUAGGAAGGCUAAGAAUCUAUCUCCUGGUUCUCUAUCCCCAACCCCAAGAACUUUUCUGUUCUUGAUAAGAACUCUACAUAAGAACAGACUUGAGUGCCCUGGACCUGGUCUAUCCUACUAAACUACUAUGACUGAUAGUGGGGCCAUGACACACAUCCAUGUUUUAGUCCAUUAUUCCAGUAAACACAGACAAUGAUACUGGCCUACCUUGCUGGGGUCCAAGAAGAGUUAGUGAGUUAACAUUGGUCUCAGUCCUCUGUAAAGUACUCUCAAAGUAUUUUACAGCAUAAACUGCAGCUUAAACUUGCCUACUGCUGCACACAUAGGUUCCACUAAGUUUGCAGACCACACACACACACGUAUAUACACACACAAACACACACACAGGCGACCAUGAAAGGAUAUCCUCUUGCAUAGCAAAGCCAGCUUUAUAUUCCUCGGACGAGGUGGUUGCAGAAAUGGCCUUGCACUCGUCUGCAAUCUUAAGAAGCCUCUUUUAAUGUCUUAUUACUAUGUAAACUUGUAUCAAUCUCUACAUUACUGUGGGGGAGAGGGAGGGGGAGGGAUGCUGAGGAUGAUAUAGCCUGUGUAAAUCAUGUAUACGUCCAGUAUUAAAGGGUGAUUGCUGGGCUUUUUUUUUUUUUUAAGGUAAAGAAAUAAAAAAUAGGCUUGACUGGUUUCAAGCAGAUUGUUA